AUGGACCGUCUUCAACGCACCUUCUCGGAUAUCUCACACCAAUUAUCCACAGAUAACACUCUAACAAAACAACCAUCUCCAACCCCAACCGCAACAACUUUGUUGUCCUUAUCAGCGAUAUCCGAAGUGGAAGAUGCAAAGUGCGAGUGUUGUGGCAUGUCUGAAGAAUGCACACAGGAGUAUAUAAACCGAGUACGUUCGAAAUUCUCAGGGAAGCUGAUUUGCGGGUUGUGUGCAGAGGCGGUGGAGGAGGAGAUUGAGAAGAUGAACAACAGUGAAGUGGUGGUGGAGAAGAGGCGCGAGGAGGCAGUGAAGGCACAUAUGUGUGCAUGUGCCCGGUUCAACAGGCUAGGCCGGAGUUAUCCGGCGCUUUACCAAGCCGAUGCGGUUAAGGAAAUUCUGAAGAAGAGGUCUAAGAAGAUCGUUAGAGCCAACAAGUCUGAAAAAGGUGGCCUCGCUAGGAGCUCUAGCUGCAUGCCGGCUUUGGCUAAGGAGCUUAAAGAUCGUGCGUUGGUUAAUUAG